CUUAGAAGACAGGCUAGACUAAGGAGAGAGUAUAUCUAUCGCAAAUCGGUGGAAGAAAAGGAAAGAUCCACCUAUGAGCGAAAAAAAAAGUUGAAGAUAGCACUUGAAGGUUAGCUUCAUUUUUCCUUUGGUUUUUCUAUUGAUGCAGUUUACUUUAAAUAAAUUUGAUCAUUUUCAAGGAAGGUAAUGACUUUUAAUGUCCAUGGUGACUGUUCAUCGUCCUUUCGCAUGUCUUGAACAACAGUGUCAUGAAAUGUGCCGUGUCCAAAUCCACCAUGUUGUAGUAUACACUACUAGUAACUAAAUGAGCGGAUGAAAUGUCUUUGCUUUAAUUUGUCGACCGUGAGUUGACUUUCCGCUGUAAACAGAUCCGGUAAGAUUUCCGUAUAACCCCAUAAAUUCAUUAUUCCUACAGGAAUAUAUCACAAAAUGAGUCAUUUGACUGGCCAAGGCAUUUGUCUUGUUUAACUUCUUUUUUAAUGUAGCAAAAGCCUGAAAGAGGUUCAAAGUAUUGCACUUGAGAGAUAUCUUUUGGGAGGCCUGUUCGCAAAGUAAAGUAGUGACAAACAAAGUGUGUUUAUGCAGUUGAACCCCAUGUAAGGUGGUUUGUUAACAAGCUUCACAAUUUAUAGUGUUUUUAAUCUGUUUUAUUAGAGGGUAAGCCAAUUCCAACAGAGCUAAGGAAGGAUGAAGCAGAACUUAGAAAGGCUAUAGAA